AUGUAUUCCUGCAGGCAAAGUCCGUUUUUUUCCGCUGAAUUGUCCGUGUCGACAAAUGAUAAACUUUUGGAAUCAGAGGGCCCCGGGUCUUGUUCUCCGCCCGUUCGCCGCGAUGACGUCGCCGCCGUGGCGGUGAGUUCUGCAUCACCCGCUGUUCUGCGUGAGACGAUUUCGGUCGGGUCGUCGCCCCCGCCGCGUUUAUUUGAGGAGAUUUUUGAGGAUGCCGCGGGCAAUUUAUCGAUUCCCGUCAUUGACACCCUUUCAGUACGACGGCGGGCAAAUGAAAGCACGGAACUCAGUUCAGAGGCUGCAGAGCGAAGCACCACGACGCGGAGCAGUCAAUCUCCUGCAGCAAUCAAUCCGCUACGUUCCAUGAACCCCGCCUUCUCCCUCAGUCCUCGUGCAGCAAAUGACAGUGGCGUGUUGCAUUUGGCCCCAAGAACACCAAGUGUAACGAUAAGCACGGACAGGGAUAAACCUCCAGUUGAGUAUAACUACGUCUUGGGCACUGUUGAGGGCCGUCGAAACUUUGUCACAGAUGCGUUGCGUCUUGCAAAACAAAUGAGUAAAGGUAAAAUUGUGGAAGAGCUUAUUCCCGUCUUGUUGAUGGCUGCAAAUUAUGACGAUUCUGUCUGUUCCAUCGUUGGUGUAUUGCCAGGUAUAGUGAAACUGGUGCAGGCACUGGAUGAAGAUUCAUUUUUAUGCUUUUUAGGACUUAUCAUGAAUCUGUGCUGUUCCGCCGAUCACGGCGUUUUACGUGCGAUUGCUGCUUCUCUGCAGGAAAUUGUGGUUUAUGUGAGUGAGGACAUUGUAAAAAACCUGUUGCUGCCCCUCCUUACAUCCAUGACUAUGUCGUUCUGGAGCUCACCCAGGGCAGUUGCUGCGUCGUUGCUGGGUAUCUUUGCCUCCCGGCCGACACUUGUCAAGGAGAGUGGGAUGACGGUGAUGCAGUGGUUUAAUUGCUUUAUUGAACUCUCAAGGGACAAGUGUCAAUUUGUGCAGGAAAUGGCGGUGAGUUCAUUGCAUCAAUGGGUAGCUGUGGCGGAGGCACAUCAAGUGAAUAUUGCCGAAAUGCCAAUCUCCUUAGUUUACGAGUGUAUGAAGGAAGAAAAAAGUGACGCGGUUCGUUAUUUGCAUGUCGCUGAAUUGGUGCGUCUUGCAGAAUGCAUAGGGAAAGAGGCAACAGCAAAAUACCUGCAGUUUUCUUUUAUUGCAGCAAGCAAAGAUACCAGUUGGCGUGUGCGACACAUUGCCGCAAAGCAUCUUGGUAGUUUUGCUCGUCUUUGUACUCAUCCGGACGAUCUUUUAGACGUCUUUGUUGCGCUCUGCGCGGACGAAAUGAAAGAGACACGUGCUGUUGUGGUGGAGCAGCUUGGUAUCCUUUUUCUUCAUGUAGUUUCACAAGAGGCAUUGGCUAAAAUGUGUCUAGCGGUUGCACCUCUCGCAAAAGACAAGGAACCUGUUGUUCGGGAAAGUGUUGCAAAUAUUUUUUACGUGCUUCUUUCCCCUAACAACGUUGUGGAUUAUACACCGAAGCAACAGCAAGCCCUUUUUGCCCUGUUAACAGACAAGAACUACGUCGUUGGGCGAAGUGCCAUGCGUAACCUGGAGCUUGUCGCAGCCAAUCUUGGCAAAUAUCUGAGGCCCGGCAAGAAUGUUGGAAAUAGUGAGAGAAGAAAUACAUUGUCUGUGCCAUUGAUGAAUCGGCGGGGGAGACGUAGCAAAAGGGCCAUGAGCCUUCCUUCUUCCGCUCAUGCAGGCAUUGGUACUCUUAUACCGGCGCCCGUGGGGUCUGUCAGUGAGAAACAGAAGGAGCGUGCCGCACUCGUCCUUUCUGGAAUUAUUAAUCAGUUACAUAUUGUCAGUGAUUCAAAGAACUGGCGUACUCGUGAGGCAGUUGUUAUUUCUAUUCGCCACUUCUCUGCCGCUCUCACAGAAGAGGAAUUUAUGCCGCUUGUGUACAUUAUUCGUUCUCUGCUUCGGGACUCCGUCAGUGCCGUGCGGGCAAGUGCGGUGGAGACAUUAUCGGCGGUGGCGAUUGCGUAUGGCCCUGAAUGGGCAGCUCUCAUGACAUUUGAACUUUUUCAGAAAGAAUUUGCUUUUAAAUCCCGCACGCCAUAUAUGUGGAGGGUGGUGGCGAUUCAGUCCCUCUCAGGUAUUAUCCCAGUGGUGAGUGGCCUCUCGCCAAUGGAUCUGCGCCGCCAGGAGCUCCUGCAGCAAUGGACACGCUUGUUGCGAGCCUUUUCCGAGGACGACGUUUCAAAUGUGAGACUGGCAGUUGCCAAAUCGUUGGUAGAGCACUGGCAUUGGUACAGGGUGUGCGGCGUCCACCGGGAUAUCCUCCGCCAGUGCGCCGAGCGGCUGCAGCACGACAGCGACGUGGAUGUCUUGCAGGUUGCGGAGAGGCUGCAUUUAAACGCAUUGGCUGAAGAGGGUGAAAACCCCUACAAAUAUGGCGUGAUGCGGGAGGGAGAUGGAGUGACGCGACGAGUUUAA